GGGUUUUAUGCUAGUUUGUUUUUAAAACUUGGUUGAAUUUGACUGCUUGCAAUUGACGCCGCCGCGAUUUGCAGCGGGCGACACACCGCAAUUAAUCAGACAACACAAAAACCAGUAUCGAAGCUCGAGAUCAACUCUAAUGGACUCCCUGGCACCCUCCGGCGGCGGCGGCGGCAACGGCGUCGUUUCGCCCACCGAAACAACAACAGCAACAUCAUCACAAGAUCCUAAACAAAACCUAGAUGAAACCAUCAAUUCAAUUCAAAAAUCCCUGGGAUUGCUUCACCAGCUCUAUCUCACCGUCUCUUCUUUCAAUCUCGCUUCUCAACCGCAUCUCCUUCAACGCCUGAAUAACCUUGUGUUGGAACUUGAUAACAUGUCGAAAUUGUCGGAGAAGUGCAACAUUGAUGUGCCUAUGGAAGUGUUGAAUUUGAUUGAUGAUGGGAAGAAUCCGGAUGAGUUUACGAGGGAGGUGUUGAAUAAAUGUAUUGCCAAGAAUCAGAUUACCAAAGGCAAGGCUGAUGCGUUGAAGGGUUUGAGAAAGCAUCUUCUUGAAGAGCUUGACCAAUCAUUUCCUGAUGAAGUAGAAACUUAUCGAGAGAUACGUUCUGCAUCUGCUGCUGUAAGUUAAUUGCAUCUGCUGCUGAAGCUAAACGGGUCGCCCAAGCGCAAAGUAUGUUGCCAAAUGGGGAUGUUAAGGUUAAAUCUGAGGUAUAGAAUACGGUCACCAAGAAUUCAGAUUAGUUAUAUGAGGAUUACCAAUCAACCAUGUUUUUAAGUCAAGAUUGUUGAUACUAUAAGUAUGUCUAUGCAAGUUGUGAAAGUUUCAACCUUUACAGGAACCUAUAGUUGCCUGUGGUACAGUAAAUAAUUAAUUUCUCAUUAUGUUUUA